UUUGACGAGCAGCCGGGUCGCUGCCAUGAUUUGCUGAGCAACUCGACACUGACUGCCCUCAAAGAUGCGUGUGUGGAAGAGGCAGCAGUAGAGACGGUUGCACUCAGAAGGUAGAAGUUAGAAGUUGCACUUAACGGGACCGGAACAAGCGGUUUCGGCCCGAAAAACUCGAGUCCAGAACCAGACUGGGGGAAGUUGGCGCACCUUGGCCGCCGAAGCCAGUCGCUGCUUUUCGGGUCUUAAAAGAAAACAAAACUUUCCACCUCCGAGAGUUUUCAUGUUCCUCCCGUCACCGCGCACUUUGAGCCCGUUUCUAAUGGAGGGCCCCGCACGGAUUUGGGAUCAGAAUAAUGCGUUUGGCCGCUGCUGAGGGACCCGACGCGUCGCAGCUUUCGCCCUCCUGGAAGAGAGGUUUUCUAAGCAGGCGAGGGCGCGCGCUCCAGGCAACACGGCCGCUGGCUGGGGUCAAAGGCCGCCAUGGACAGUGGCCUAAGGGUCCUCCUGUCCACUGUGCUGUGGCUCAGCCAGAUUAUCAGCUGCUCAACUCAGUAUCCGUCUCUCCGCUCUGAGCCAACCUCUGUGGUCCAGAGUCCAGGUUCUGCGGUCCAUCUGCAGUGCUCGGCGAGCCCUCCGUCGGCGGCGGUUUCCUGGCGCUUCCGAGGCCGUCCCCUGGACCGGGACUCGCUGCCUGGGGUGGAGCUUGGCCGCGGCUCCCUCGUCAUCUCCAGCCUCACGCCCGACCACGCCGGCGUCUAUCAGUGUGUGGCGCGCUCGGGGCGCGGGCCGGCCGUCGCCAGCCGCCUCGCCCGGGUGGCUUUAGCAGAAAUAUCAGAAUACGAAGCUGGCCGACAGCCGGCGGUGUCGGCGCAGGAAGGCAGCACGGCGGUCGUAGAGUGUCCGCUGCCGCGCAGCGCUCCGCCGGCUCGCCCCAAACUGAGAGUCAGAGGCGACUGGAUCGAAGAGUCGAGAGAUAACUAUUUAUUACUUCCAUCCGGCAACCUGCAGAUUGUCUCGGUGUCGGCCCAGCACCAGGGCAUGUAUAAGUGCGGCGCCGUGAACCCUGUUACCGGGGAAACCGUUGUUCAGUCCCAUGGCGUCAAGCUGCUAGUCAAACGAUCCUCUUCCUCCUCCUCCUCCUCGUUGGUUCGGAUAGUUUAUCCCACCGCUCCGGUGUCGGUUUCGAUGCUGCAUUCGGAGCCGCUGACGUUGGAGUGUGUCGUCUCUGGGAGUCCUGCGCCUGCAGCCGCGUGGUUUAAGGACGGUCAGGAGGUCGCAUCGGGGCCUUCGCUCCAGAGACGGAACAACAACCUGGAGUUCACGCGGCUGGCGAGGAGCGAUGAAGGGCGCUACAGCUGCAGGGUCCAGACCGAGCGGGGCACGGCGAUCGGCCCCGACUACACUGUAAACGUUCUCGAGCCCGCCUCCAUCGUCGACGGACCGGGUGACCUGCUUGUUCCUCUGGGCUCUUCUGCUCGUUUCACCUGCUCAGCGAGAGGAAACCCGUCCCCGAACGUCACCUGGCUGUUCAACGCCGAGCCCGUCGCUCCAUCUCUACGCCUACAAAUCUCCGGGUCCUCGCUCGUGGUGUCGGACGCGACGCCGCAGGACGAAGGCGUGUACCAGUGUCUGCUGGACAACGGCAUCGGCUCGGCGCAGUCGCACGGGUUCCUCACGAUACAGUCAGAUCCUCAGUUGGGAUCCACUGCCGUUCUGCUGCCCAAAGCUUCACCGUCGUUUCAUCCGAUUCAAAGCGACGAGAGCUUCCUGACCGAAGACGACGACCCGUUUAACGCGCCGGCCGACCGGAGCGGCGACCGGCCCACUCCGGAGGCGCCGAUCAUCAUCAGCCCGCCGCAGACGCACAAACCGGACGUUUACGACCUGGAGUGGAGAGCGGGCCGAGAUGGAGGCAGUCCCAUCAACGCUUACUUUGUUAAAUACCGCAAGGUUGACGACAUGGGAGCAGUGGUGGGGAGCUGGCAGACGGUCCGAGUCCCCGGCAGCGAGAAAACCCUGCGGCUGUCGGAGCUGGAGCCCUCCAGCCUCUACGAGGUUCUGAUGGUGGCUCGGAGCGCAGCGGGCGAGGGUCAGCCGGCCAUGCUCACGUUCCGCACAGGAAAAGAAAAGACCAUCUCUCCCAGUAAUAAGAAUCCUUCCAAGCCUUCCAGCAUCCCAGUUCCACCCAAGGUUCCAGAAGACAGACCCACGAAGACGAACUAUGGCGUCGUCCUCCAUGACAGACUUCCAGAAGCUCCCGACCGUCCAACCAUCUCCAUGGCAACCGACAGUUCGGUCUACGUGGCAUGGAUCCCUCGAGCCAACGGCGGCUCCCCGGUCACGGCGUUUCGAGUGGAGUACAGGCGCGGCCGCAGCGCGGAGUGGAUCGUGGCGGCGGAUAACAUCUCACCUCUGAAGCUGUCUGUGGAAAUCCGCAAUCUGGAGCCUGGGUCCACCUACAGGUUUCGGGUCCUGGCUUCGAACACGUACGGCGACAGCCUGCCCAGCACGCCCUCCAAGCCGUACCAGGUCCCCAACGCCAGCCCUCACAAGGCCGACCGGCCCGUGGCCGGACCGCACAUCCUGGCCACGGACGCCAUCAGCGACACGCAGAUCAUGCUGCGCUGGACCUAUGACCCCUCGAGUAACAACAACACUCCGAUCCAAGGCUUCUACAUCUACUACAGACCCACGGACAGCGACAAUGACAGCGACUACAAAAGAGACGUGGUGGAAGGUGUGAAAACCUGGCACAUGAUUGGCCACCUGCAGCCAGAGACGUCCUAUGACAUCAAAAUGCAAUGUUUCAAUGGCGGUGGGGAGAGCGACUACAGCAACGUGAUGAUCUGUGAGACCAGAGCUCGUCAGUCUCCAGAUUCGCCCAGUCAGCACCCCUUCACCCCGCCCGGCCCGCAUCCUCCGGACCCCCCGACGCCGCCCGGCGGUCUGCUGUACCUGAUUGUCGGCUGCGUGCUGGGAGUGAUGGUGCUCAUCCUGCUGUCCUUCAUCGCCAUGUGUCUGUGGAGGAACCGGCAGCAGAACAACAUGCACAAGUAUGACCCUCCUGGCUACCUGUACCAGCCGGCGGACCUGAACGGCCACGUGCUCGAGUACACCACGCUGACGACAGGCGGCGGGCGCGUGAAUGGAGGCGUUCACGGUGGCUACGGCGGCCAGAUGUUGCCUCAGGGCUGCCAUCACCUCCACCACAAACUCCCCAAUGGCUUGACGUUGCUCAACGGCUCUGGCGGCUUCGUGCCGCACGGCCAUGACGGCACCCUGCCUCACAGCACCCACGAGUGCGAGCACCCGCACCCCCACCACCACCUGAAUGGUGGGAGUUUGUACACGGCUCUUCCUCAGAAAGAGACGUCAGAGUGUAUGAGCUGCCAGAACCUCUGCAACAACAACAGAUGCUACAAUAAAACCAACGGCGCUGCGCCGUUAAUGCACCGCGUGACGCCGUGCCACCAGGACGGGCUGGAGAUGGUUCCGCUGGGCCAGGUUUCCCCGCAGUGCCGCGGGUCGGACCCCGACGCCGGCUUCCAGCCGCCAGACGGGAACAGAGGGUCGUCGCCUUCCCAGCAUUCCUGCUGUCUGAUCCGGAACAACGAAAACUCUCAGGGAGACAGCACCGCGGAGGACGAGCCGGAGGACAGCGUGGAGACGGAGGACCAGGUGGUGUCCUCCUGGGACGGGCUGGGCCUGCCGGACCUGGACUGCGACGAGAAGCCCGGCUGGAUCUCCAGCAGUAGCCUGGUGGGAGAGCUGAUCCCGGCCGGCCCACAGGAGGCCUGAGCCCAACCGGCGGGAACACUGGGAGGAAGACAGAGACUCUAAAUGUGACGGUGAAACGGGACUGAGACAAAAUGGACGUUAAGGAAUGAAAGACUCAGAGAUGGAAACAAAACAAAAACUAUUAAUCCCACUGGAGGGAAAACUCAUGAAACAUCAAGAACUGUUUAGAAGACUUAUUUAUUUUUUGUAGUAGUAAAAUAUUAUUUCAUAUGAAUGUAUCUGUUUAAAAGAAAAAAGUUUGUCUUUUAUAUUAUUUAUGCCUUUUGGAUGAGAAAUACUUUUUAUUUUUGUUGUUUUGUCCCUUUGUGUCCCGCUCCAAGCUGUGGAGAUUAGCGAUUGUUUGUGUAAAGUUUUGUAAUAAUAUAAAAAAAAAGAAGAUAUGGGAGACAAA